AUGGGUCAGACUACAUCACAACCCGCUAUCUCUAGUCCGGCUUCAUGCCCCGUUCGCCAUGCUCCCUCUGACUCCCCCGCGCGGUGCCCCAUCCAGCACGACGCUAGCACAUUAGCCUCGUCCUCGUCCCCAACAGUCCCCGCGCAAUGCCCUAUUAGCCAUGAACCCGGUGAACUCAAUCCGCUAAACCAGAUGCCCACGCUCUCGCAAACCCCCGCCGCACACCAGUCCGCCGAGCUACCCACCCUGCGCGAGGCGUCCACUAUCCCCCGCGACGCCUCGUCCACAUGGGAGUAUCCCUCGCCGCAGCAGUUCUACAACGCGCUCGUCCGCAAGGGCUGGGAGACCCCCGAGGAGCACGUCGAGACGAUGGUGCAGAUCCACAACUUCCUCAACGAACAAGCAUGGCAGGAAAUACUCAAGUGGGAGCGCAAGGAGAACCCUGGCGAAGAACCUCAGCUGGCAAGGUUCAAGGGCAGACCGGGUGAGCUCUCGCCAAAGGCGCGCUUCUGGCUUUUCGCGGGGUGGCUGCUGCCCUCGCGAUUCAACACUGAGCCGCCUUUUGACCGGCAUGACUGGGUCGUCCGUCGGCAACAGUCGGGUGAAGAGGUGCGCUACGUGAUUGAUUACUACUCGGCGCCUCCAGAGCCAGAUGGUUCGCCGGUCUUCUCCCUGGACGUCCGACCAGCUCUGGACAGCUUUGGCAGCGUCAAGCAGAGGAUAGUCGCUGCUACGGAGGAUGUCUGGUCUGCGGCUCGCGAUAGUGGUGCUGCGGGUAUUGCCAAGAACUCAUGA